AUGUUUGAACAUUCAGUCAAGGUACCAAGACAUUACAAAAUUGCUGCAAAUAUUUUUAAGAAAGUUGCUACUGAAGGCGGCAGCGUUAAGACUUUGUUGUACGACGAUAAACUUCGGCAUUUCAGGACGAAUGUGCUUUAUGCACUGAUAACAGAAACAAUCAAACAUGCGAGUCACAUAAACAAAAUAUUCGAGAACUGUAAAAUAUUAGAAAACGAAUCACGUUUAGACCCAUGGCUAGCCAAAAUUCUGACAGCAGAACUCCUAUUCGGCAAAAAGGCUCUACCUGGCAAAAGCAAGCCGGAGCAAACAGUCCUCUCAUACAAAGACCAGUUUGAGAAAUUUUCAUCUGAGCACAAAGACGACUUCAAGACUGAAGUUGCUCCCAGGCCAAGGUAUGUCCGUAUCAACACCAACCUUCUUACAACAUCAGACGCAAUCAGAGCAUUCCAAGAUGAAGGGUACCGCUUCAUACGGUGUACUUCAGGAUCCUAUGCAGACUACUUGGAACAGAUACAAAACCUUACAGAGGAAGACUUCACACAGGACUACCAUGUGAAGACUAUGUUUGUCUUCGCAGCUGGAACCAAACUCCAUGAACAUGAACUCUAUUUGGAAAAUAAGAUUAUUCUGCAAGAUAAGGCUACUGCAAUGGCAGUACAUCUGCUGGCCCCUCCACCGGGCAGCGUGGUGUUGGACAUGUGUGCAGCGCCGGGCAUGAAGACCACACAGUUAGCUGCCUUCUUGAGAAACAAUGGUCGCAUAUAUGCAGUAGAGAGGGAUGAAAAGAGGCACCGAGUGCUGUGUGACUUCGUUCACAAAACUGGAUCGACAUGCGUUGAGCCUUUGCACAAAGACGCUCUGGAAAUCAAGAAGGGAGAUUUGGAUAAAGUCGAGUACAUUCUUCUGGACCCAAGCUGUUCAGGGUCAGGAAUGGACUUCUGCGUACACAGCUACAUAGAAAGCUCAAGACUUGCAAGACUGACAUCUUUACAAGAGAAAUUCUUGAAACACGCUAUGAACGCCUUUCCCAACUGUAAGCGAAUUGUCUACAGCACUUGUUCCUUAUACCCAGAAGAGAACGAAAGAGUUAUUACAAACGUGGUGAAGACCUCAAGAGCCAAGUGGAGGGUCCAAGAUGUCAAAGAACUAUUAAAAGGUCAGUGGAACAACUUUGGUUCGGGAAUGUACGGCUCAAUAGGUACCAGAUGUUUGUACUCAAGACCAGAUUCUGAUUUCACUACUGGGUUCUUCUUAGCUGUUCUCGAUAGGGACCCCAAAGAUAUGGAGAAGAGUUUGAAUGCAGAAAAACAGUCACAGAAGCAAUGGCAAGCUGCCAAUAAAGGAAAAUCGCAAAAAAAGGAAAAUAUAAACGAUAAUAACAAUGACAAUGGAGUUGGUGAAGAAAAUAAUGAGAGCAGCCAAGAUUUAAUGGACGAAAAAGUCGAACGGAAAUCUAAAAAGAAGAAAAAUAAAUCAAAACUUAUUGUAGAUGAACAUACAGAAACUGAUCAGAACAACACACAGGAAACCGAAAUAACAGACGAAGCUCCGAAAAGGAAGAAAAAGAAACGUAAACACGAUGACAAUAGUGUAGACCAUGUUAUAGAACAAUUGGAUGAUUUAAGCGUAGAAUGUGAAAUAGAGGUUCCUAAAAAGAAGAAGAAGAAGAAGAAAGAUAAACAUGCAGAAGAAAUAAAUCAUAUCAGUAUAACAAUAGACACUUCUGCAACUAACGGUGAAACAGAACAUAAACAGAAGAAGAAGCGAAAGAAAGAUUUAGAACAUGAAGACGAUGGAGAAAUAAAAGUAAAAAAUAAGAAAAACAAGUCCAAAAAGAGUGAUUCACAAGAAACAGAGAUGGAAUAUGCAGAUUUAGAAUUGGAAGCGCCUAAAAAGAAAAAGAAGAAGAAAUCUAAAGAUGAUUGA